UUUACGAAUAAUGACGCUAAAAAUUUAGCACGUGGAUUGCAAAACUGCGUCCAGUUAAAAGUUUUUCGCAUUACUAGAAGUGACAUGAAUUGUCAAAGAGUAAAAUAUAUUCUUCGAGGAUUACAAGAUAAUAAAAAAAUUGAAACUUUAGACUUCAGCCAUUGUAAAAUAGGUGAUGAUGGUGCAUCAUCCAUUGCGAAGUUUAUUUCGAAAAAAGAUAAAUUAAGAAAUCUAAUUUUAGCGGAUAAUGUGUUUGGUCCAUAUGGGAUUGAAAAUAUAUCACAUGUACUUAAUCAUACUAGUUGUGGUAUACGUACAUUGGAUUUAAGGUUGAAUAAUAAACUUGGAUCUGAAGGGAUUGCUCAUAUAGCAGUGGCGAUAGCAAGAGGAUGCAAUCUCACUUCUUUAAAUAUUUCAGGAUGUGGAAUAAAAUCUGCCCCAUUACAAAAACCUCCAGCAGGUGUGUGGUCUACUAUGAAUGCUGAAAAUCCACCUACAUGUGGAGAUCUUCUGGCAAGAGCAAUAGGAUUAGUAAAAACACCUUUGAGGCAUCUAGACAUUAGCGUUAAUGAAAUUGGAUCCCCCAGUGACAGUAAUUUGUCAAAUGCAAUUUGUCUAAGCUAUUUAAUUGAUAUAAACUUGAAAAGAUCCGGCAUGGGAUCCAUUCCUAUGGCAAUCGCCGAGGCAGCUGCGGCCGCUCAAAGAUUGAGAAGAGAAUCUGAAAAGGGUAUUAGAUUUAGACGAAGUGCAGGUAGACUAGUUCAAGCACGUAGAGUUGUUAAGGGAAUGAAUAUCGACGCCGACCCAUUACUUUUAGCGCAACAGCUAUCAGCAAGACCAUCUAUUGUAUCUAUAGCAUCUGAGGAAGGAUAUUUCAGUGUACAAACACAACCUCUUCCCACAGAAUUCGGUUUUGUUCCUUCUGUGAAAAGCCCAUUACCGUCAUCACGUAAUUCAUCUGGACCUCCUACAUCAAGAAGAUCAAGUCAUCAUGUUAUUUUGGAACCUGUCCAGGAAAUUCUACGUGCUACUCUAGUUCGUCGCAAAUCUGAUGGAUCACUUUUACAGCCAAGAUGUAAUAAUACUGAACGACAUAUAAAAAUUUAUGUUUCAAAUAAUAAUUCUGAUAUAUAAUAAUGAGAAUAAUCGUGUAAUAAAUCAUUAAA